CAUUCACAACGAAUGAAUAGUCACACGUGCUGUUGACAUUGUUUGUCAGAGUUUUGAUUGUAUAGUUUUGAAAACCAUGCCCGGGAAUGAGAGCGAAUCCGACUCUGGGAGUGAGUACGAAGUGGAGCUGCAUGUGAAGCCCAAAAGAGUGCGUAGAGCAGUUAACGAUGACUCUGCCGAUCUUCUGGGAAACUUUGAUGACGAGAAACGCAAAGAGAUAUUUGAGGGGACUUAUGUAGACAAAGAAUCCACAAAAAUUCCCAGCGAUUCUGAGAGCAGUGACGAAGAUGGAGCUGAUAAGCCAGAUGAAUCGAUCAAUGCCGAAGGAAACAACAAACGCACGGAGGGCAGUGAAGCGUCUGCGUCCGAGGUGGAAGAGUCCAAUGCCGAUGGCCAUAUAACGAGUGACCAAUUGAGUAGCCUGCUCCGUGGUGCCUCGAAAUUAAACAGACACGUACUAUACGUUACAAAUCUGAACUUUGAGACCCAAAAGGACGACUUGGAGUCGCACUUCUCAGUUGUUGGUGCUGUGAAAUCCAUACGUAUACCCAAGAAACGACGUGGUGGAUUUGCCUUUGUGGAAAUGGCGGAUCUGAAAGGCUUUCAGCAAGGAUUCCAGUUGCAUAACACCGAGCUACAGGGUAGGAAAAUUAAGGUACAGAUAUCUGAGGCGGGGAAAAAGAAAUCGGCCAACAAGAAAAAUAUUAUCAAACAGAAGAAUCGUAAGUUGGCUGAGAUGCGCAACGAGCAGAAGACUUUCACAAAGAGUGGCAAAUUCUACGAUAAGGACUUGAAGAAGGAGAAGGCUAAGGAUCUGCUUGCUCGCAAGCGCUGGCGUAGGAAUCCAGCGCCAAGGGGAAAGUAAUAAUAAUGCUUAAUAUGUACCUAUUGAAUAGUCUAUAACUUGUAUUAAAAUAUAACUUAUGUAUUCAAAAAA